AUGGGCAUCUGCCGCCUCGACUCCCUGCCCCACCGCCGCAUCGACGUCAAGGUCUACGCGCCGCAGCACUACGCGUGCGCGCUGCUCUACUUCACGGGCUCCGAUCACUUCAACCGCUCCAUGCGCUGUUUUGCCAAGGCGAAGGGCUUCACGCUCUGCGACCGCGGCUUGCGCCCGACGGUCCGCAGGGGCAAGGCGACGGACAGCCGCGGGAAAUACGUCGACAACAAGGUCGCGGUCGGCCGGCCCGUCGAGUUCGAGCGCGAAGAGGACGUCUUCGCCUUUCUCGAGCUCCCGUACAAGACGCCGCCGGAGCGCGCCCUCGACGACAACGCCGCGGGGAUCGCGGCCGCGGCCGCUCGGGUCCGCGCCGAGAACAACGUCGACGUCGACGACGACGACGACGCCGGCGCGGAGGUCUUCGUCGGGCAGCGGCCGCAGCUUUCGCUGUGGUCCGGCGCCAAGUGA